AUGUCACAUCACUAUUCACCUAACUCUAGUAUAAUCUCCGGUCCCGGUGGGGAUACUCGCACUGCGAGUGACGUAUGCGAUGGAACUGAACAAUUCAGCCACGCGAAUGGCGAUUUCCGCCGAGACCAUGUCCGCUUCGCCGCUGAAUUGGGUAGUGCCGUUGAAGAAGCUGUUGCAUCGAUUGUAACAAGACAUGGAGGCGCUGGUAUUGACAAGAGCCUAGCCUGGGAAGCCAUCCAGAGUCUCGCAAGGUCCAAGCUUGACGGACUUACAGGCAGCUUGAUCACGCAGGGGAGCCAGAACUUUUACACUUCCAAUAAUUCUGUUUCUGCCGCUGAACCUUCGCUCUUCUUUUCUGACAAUGCCGGCUCUAUGAACCACGAUGUCCCUUUGAUGACCGACUUAGAUGCGUUCUUCCAGAACGAACAGCCUUCUGGUUUUGAAAGUGGUCAGGCUCUGCAAGUUCCAGACUUAGGAAAUGCCAUUUAUGAUGAUGGUCCCUUUUCACUAUGGCAGGCGCCCAUUCCAAGUCCCUCCUCUGCAACGAUUACUCUUCCUACUAACAGUCCAUCCUUCCAAGAGCCGUGGUCCGAUGAAAAUUCCGUUGAAUCUUCUGUGACGGAUAGCACACGCACUAUCACAGCUAGUACUGCCUCUAGACACCAUGGGCAGGCGGGACAAAGACUCGGGAUUCCUCCAGCACGGCAUGACGGUUCUCGGCCCCGGGCAAGCUCCAGACCUUCGUCUAAGCGUUCCAUGAGCCAGGCUGGUCGCUUGAUGCAAAGCCAUGUGAUAGAACUACCUAGUAAGCGAUCUAGGCUUGGGAGGCCGAGCGUGCGGCCCAGUUGCGCUCGUUGCAAGAUUCAGAAAAAGAAAUGCUCUGGGGGUGCCAAGGCUUGCGAGUCUUGUGAUAUGUCGACCGUGUAUCGGGAGCUCUGUGUUCCCGCAGACUUCAAAGGGUCGCGAACUCUACUUCAUAGCUUGUACCAAACACGGAUUCAAUCUUUACUUGAUAAUAUCGAUAAAUGGCUCCCGGUAGAAAGCUAUAAGACAGUAACCAUUGAAAUAUCAAACGGGUUUCCACCAACCAUGCAAGUGAGGUUAAAGCCAUACGUCCCUUUCAGCCACGGGGCUCUCACUCACGUUCUAUUCCGCGGGACUGAAGCUGGCAUGAUUACUCCGCGGGCUGAAAGCACAGCAUUUUCUCUCGAGGAUGGUACUCUAAGACCGGAGAAGAUCGAUGCUUAUUGCGAUAGUCUCGCAUUCGAUCUAGCACUGGAUGAGGGGAGACAGGCAAUGGACAGGAAUAGACUGGCAAGUCAUAUCCUUAUGUUUGCUACAACACAAUGUGCAGAGCUUCAAGAAGUGCCGAGUAUAGAAGGGAUCGGCUUGGUACGGCUUGCGCUAAGGUUCUGGGCCAUGCAGGCUGUAUUUUUCAAGUAUCCUUGGACCAUAGUGACAGGUGCUUCAGAGAUCGGCAUGUACUCACUAGAUAUUCCAGGAUGCUGGUUUGGGAAGACACUACUCCCACGACUUGUCAACCAACAACUUGACAAGGCCUUCGAGAUUCGUAUGGAUGAACUUGAACGAGAGAUUCUUGAGCAACUCCAAGAUAUGAUCCUUCGCGGCGAGCGAAGCACGUACUGGUGCGCCAUAUUCUUAACAACUUUCAUACUCUUACACAGUCUCGAGAAAGACUCAUGGAACAUGCACGCCUGGGAGUAUGAGAAGAACCGCGAAGGGGGAACUCGUUGGCCUUUGAGAAGGGACCCGUGUGAUUACUACGGCCAGAACAAACAUAUUGCAGAUACGUUGACAACAUACUUCCGUAUUGUGACGAAUGGGCAUGCGCCGUUUGCCAUGGACUGGGCAAAAUCUUCAAAUCAAGGACUACUGGGCAAGAGUUUACAUGCUCAAUCACUGAUUGAGGGCAUACAGAAAGACCUGCAGGAUCCCCAGUCCAUCUACACAAGGGAAUUGUAUGCCCCAAACGAGUUCCGAAGGGAUGAUGUUGAGAGCUUGAACUACCACUACACCAAGAGAUUAAUUUUGGGUUAG